GGAGAAAAAAGAAAAGAAAACGUUGGUCGUCUUUGUAACGAGAGCAGAACUUUAACAUCUUAACGGGUCUAUAGUCGGCGGCUCCGGUACCGACGUCAUUUCAGAGCCUCCUCGGAGCUCCGUGUUGCCCGUUAAGAGGGGUCCUCGGUCCUCAGUCCCGGUUGUCAUGGCCGUCCUAAGCAACAGAGCUCUUCACGAGCAGCUCUCCAUCAUCAUGGGCGCCCUGACCAAGGCGGCGGUGGCGGAGAUCUGCGAGGUGCUGGACGAAGGUUACGCGGUGCUGCAGAUGGAGAUCAGCCGGAGCCACAAGGAGAACGACGACCUGAGGAAGAAGCUGCACCUCAUCGAGUCCAUCGUGGUCCGGGGGAGCCUCGGCGGGGUAAAGGCGGCGGUGGAACCGGAGCUCGUACCUGUCGCGGAGGGUGAACAGCGGGCGGAAACACCGCAGCGGCACCGGGACAGUGACGGAGGAGACACCGCUGAUUCUACCGGAGGAGACGUUGUGGUGGUGCGGGAGGAGCUUCCAGACGUGGUGUUGAUCAAAGACGAAGACUCCGACAGUAACGACACCUUUGAAGAAGAUAAACCGGCGGCUGCAGCCAGAGAGAUCGUCACGUCGACGCCCGUUGGCCGGAGCACCAAGAGACGCUGGCCUGGAGGCGAAGACGGCAACAGGAAGUCGUCCUCCGAGCCGCUCGCCGAGAAGAAGACCGUGACCGUCUACAGUCUGGACUCUCCUCGCAGCGAGCCGGGCUUCUCUGUACAGCUCGGCGGCAACGACGACGACGACAACAUGGAGGCCGGCGAGUCGGUGUGUUCCUACUCCUCACACGUGGACCCGGACGUCCAGCUGGUCCACCAGGACUGCUCGCUGGUCCCCCCGAGCUCCAACAGACAGAUGUAUUUCGGUAACGGCUCUCUGACCGAGUCCCCCGCAAACAGAGAGCUGGAUCUCAGCCUCACGUGGACCAAACAGUCGAAAGGCCACGUGACCUUUUCUCAGUUUCACCAAAGCGAGAACCUGGACGGCGACGCCUUCGGGCUCAAGAUGGUCAGCGUCACGGGCUCGAUCUCCACGGACUGCCAGCUGUCGGAGAGCAGCAGCUCCGCGUUAGAGUACGACGACGGCGGCGACGGUAUGAACUUUGGCCACUACGGCGACGGGCAGCCGGGCGCCCGAGGGCGGCGCUUCGUGUGCGCCGUGUGCUCCAAGACGUACGCCACGAGCCAGAACCUGGAGGUGCACAUGCGCAUCCACACCGGCGAGAGGCCGUUCUGCUGCAGCCAGUGCGGCAAGAAGUUCACCCAGUCGGCUCACCUGAAGUCGCACCUGAGCGUCCACUCCGGAGAGCGGCCGUACGCCUGCACGCUGUGCUGCAGGAGCUUCAUCGUCAAAUACAGCCUCAAGCUACACAUGAAGAAGUGUCACGACACCAUCUUGAGUGACUGAACGCUCUGUAGAUAUCACGCUUUAAAAAAAGGUUUUAACAUAUUUAUAGAGGUAUUUAAAGUGUGUUCUACUUUGAGCUAGAGAUGCUACAUAUGCAUCAGCCUUUAAUCAGACAUUUAAGUUGUUUUUUCAAGCAAAAAAUCCAAACAUGAUUCUUUGAGCUUCUGACAUUUGAUGACUUGCUGUGAACUGAUGUUUGGUGUGUCGAUCGAACACAACAAGACAUUUAAGGACGUCACCUCGGGCAUGGGGACAUUUUUAAGUAUUUAAAUUCUUAGAAAACCAAAUAAUGGAAUCUAAUUUAUCCAACAACAGGUUUCCUGAUUCUGGAAUAAAAUCAUUUCUAUUGCGCUCCGUCUCUGCUGUUAAUACGUCUUCAGUGUGAAAAGCACAAACACUGUAUGAGUCACGUGUCUUUCUUGGUUAAUAAAAGUAAUCAUGAAACUGUUUGGCAUCAGUUAUUGGUUGUAAAACAUGUAUUUAUAGUUAUUUAAUCCCAAAGGUGAAAGGAUAGAGAUCAGCUGUAGCAGUAACUAUUAAAUGGUAUUUUCUACCAAAAGAGAAAUCAAAAGGUUGUUUACUGAAGUGUCCUGUUAACUCAGCAUCAGUUUAAAGAUAUAGAUAUGUAUCUGUGUGCAUCUUUUAAGUUACGCUUCCUCUCUGAUCAUUCGGUUUGAUUCUCAUUGUUUGAAAUGAUGAAAAACAACAAAUGGUCACACGGUUAAAACAGGUAUCAUCAUACAUGCAUACU